UUGAUAAGCCUGUAGUAUAAGGUAACCAGUAGUUCAUACAGAGUGGAGGAGCGGCAAAGGAAGGGUUGGGAUUGAGUAGUUUCCCCCUCUGCUGGAUUAAGCGAGUACCCAAGAGCCGCGCCGCUACAUUAAGGACAAGUGAAACCAAAGAGCUGGAAAGGGAAGCUGUAUAAAACCGACACAAUAGGCUUCGCUUUCCGGAUUGGUAGCGCUGUCGGGAGUCCUCGGAUGACCAUGGAUUGAUAAGGGAACCGGGGUUGCUGUGCUCUGUUGCUGCGGGCUCCCCGCUUCACUGGCCGUGGAAUGGUGCUAACAGCGCCCCGCAGUAGCGCAUCCCCAGCCAACAGCAUGGAGACAUCGUCGCCUGUCACAACAGUAAAUUCAAAAGUUUCCAAUCAGAAACCCACUGAUGUGAAGGAUAAUGGAGAGAAGUUCUGCCCCAUCACGGUUAAUCCACGGCACACCAGGAAGGCUUUCAAAGUUAUGAAUGAAUUGCGAAGUCAGAACUUACUGUGUGAUGUGACAAUAGUGGCAGAAGAUGUGGAGAUUGCAGCUCACAAGGUUGUGCUGGCUUCCUGCAGCCCGUAUUUCCAUGCUAUGUUUACAGGUGAGAUGAGUGAGAGUAGAGCAAAGCGAGUCCGGAUAAAGGAGGUAGAUGGGUGGACCCUGAAGAUGCUUGUGGAUUAUGUUUACACGGCAGAGAUCAAAGUGACAGAGGAAAAUGUACAGGUCCUACUGCCAGCAGCUGGCCUCCUGCAGCUUCAAGACGUUAAGAAGACUUGCUGUGAAUUCCUGGAAUCUCAGCUUCACCCAUCCAACUGUUUAGGAAUCAGAGCAUUUGCCGACAUGCAUGCAUGCACAGAUCUGUUAAACCAGGCUAACGGCUAUGCAGAACAGCACUUUUCUGAUAUCGUGACUGGAGAGGAAUUUCUUAAUCUUGGAAUAGAGCAAGUAUGCAGCCUAAUUGCUAGCGACAAGCUCACUGUCGUCUCAGAGGAAAAGGUGUUUGAAGCAGUGAUUGUUUGGGUAAAUCAUGACACAGAAGUUCGGCAGGAGCAUAUGUCUCACCUCAUGGAACAUGUACGUCUCCCGCUGCUAUCCCGGGACUAUCUUGUACAGAGGGUUGAAGAAGAGACACUGGUGAAAAACAGCAGUGCCUGCAAGGAUUACCUCAUUGAAGCUAUGAAGUAUCACCUACUCCCAGGUGAUCAACGCACAUUGAUAAAAAGUGCCCGAACCAGACAAAGGACACCCGUCAGCAUGCCAAAGCUAAUGGUAGUUGUUGGAGGUCAGGCUCCUAAGGCUAUACGCAGUGUGGAAUGCUAUGAUUUCAAAGAGGAGCAGUGGCACCAGUUGGCUGAACUGCCAUCAAGGAGAUGCAGAUCAGGUGUGGUGUACAUGUCUGGCCAUGUAUUUGCUGUUGGAGGAUUUAAUGGCUCACUUAGGGUGCGCACAGUAGAUUCUUAUGACCCCGUAAAGGACCAAUGGACAAGUGUGGCCAACAUGCAAGACAGGAGAAGCACUUUAGGAGCAGCUGUUUUGAAUGGGCUCUUGUAUGCGGUUGGAGGAUUUGAUGGGAGUACAGGUCUUGCAACAGUGGAAGCAUACAAUAUAAAAGCAAACGAGUGGUUUCAUGUUGCACCAAUGAACACUAGGAGGAGCAGUGUUGGUGUAGGCGUCGUUGGAGGCAUGCUGUAUGCUGUCGGGGGUUAUGACGGUGCAUCUCGACAGUGCCUGAGCACAGUUGAAUGUUACAACCCAAGUACAAAUGAAUGGAGUUACAUUACAGAAAUGGGCACAAGAAGGAGCGGAGCAGGUGUUGGCGUCUUAAAUGGCUUAUUGUAUGCUGUUGGUGGACACGAUGGUCCUUUGGUGAGGAAAAGUGUGGAGGUUUUUGAUCCCUCAACGAAUACGUGGAAGCAAGUGGCAGAUAUGAACAUGUGCCGAAGGAAUGCAGGUGUUUGUGCUGUGGAAGGAAUGUUAUAUGUUGUUGGAGGUGAUGAUGGCUCAUGUAACUUGGCAUCUGUGGAAUAUUACAACUCAACCACUGACAAAUGGACACUCUUGCCAUCCUGUAUGAGCACAGGGAGGAGUUAUGCAGGUGUAACGGUUAUUGAUAAGCCUUUAUGAUAGAGGGGAAGAAGAUUUCCAAUAUUUGUCUUACCUGCGUAUAGGUAUGAAGAGGUUUCUGACCUUCCUUACUAGUCGCUGCAAGCUGAGGCAGUGGAAGAUAAAAGCUCACCUGCUGUCUAGCACAGCAGGCACUGAAGAUUACCUUAGGUAGAAGCAAUGUGCACAGUUAUUCUGUGUGGAGCAGCGGCUGUCUGGACUACGAGUUGUGAACUAUUUCUUCACAAUAUGUUUCUAAACGUGACAAAAAAGCUAUUGUUCUAUCAUCCAGCUUUUGUCAACCAAGUGUCUACGGAAUGUUUCGUAAAGGAGGAUAUCCAAUGUGUCUAUCCUAGUAAGUACAAUUGUUCUGUUCUCAGAGACUGCAUAUGAGAAUUAACUUCUUUUUCUCAAUCUACAGCUGUAAGAACAGUAGAAGUUCUUAAAUGUAUGAGUCAGCUAUGUGAAUAAACUUGUGUGCGUGGGAGUGAGUGUGUGUGAGUGCCUGUGCUGCACGAGUGCUGGUGUGUGUCGUGUAUUUGUAGAGGCUGCUUUCAUUUUCCCAAAGCAGUCUGGCUUUUGGGUAUGCACUAUUUAUCUUUGUCAAAGACCUAGAAAUUAUGCCAGUACUAUGUUAUGAACUAAAUCUGUAUUUUUUUUUAUAUGUGUAUAUUUAAAUUUGCCCACUAAUGUGCUUUGUGGCACUCCGGGGGGGGGGGGGGACGAAGGAGAGGGGAUUAUUAUGUUGCCAAAUGUGUUUUUAUAUAUGAAUAUGAAACAUGGAUCAAUUAUUACUUAUUUAUGAAAGUUUGUAUAAUUUUGCACAUGAUUCAGAGUAAUUUCUUUUAAAGAUGUUUCAUAGCACGAAGAUGAUCUUGGUUUUCCAAUAAACUCGUGGAUGUCACUUGAAUUUGCAUGAUUGGCUUAAUCAGUUCUGCCAAUGGCGUACCAUUAUUUUAUAUCAAUGGAAUAAAGUACAUCCGCUACUGUUUGGCUGUGAUUAUUUGGAAUAAUGUUUUGUUUAUUCUAGUGAUUUACAAAAUGAACUGAAACAUCCAACAUGAUAUCCUUUGUUUUCUUUCAAUAAAACAUUUUGGUUCACA